AUGAGAUUAGCCCUGCACACUAUCAUCUGCUGCUGUGUUUUCACCACCGUCCUGCCACUGGUAAAAGAUGCCACUGAGGAGCUCAACUCCAGUCUAAAAAAAAGGUUUAAAGUAUGGAGCCGUGCAAAUAGAGACCUGGGCAACAGCUUAGUCACAGCCAAUGAGCAGGACUCGGACAUCAAUGUUGGACUACAACAGGGCGAGAGUGCAAAAACUGCCUCAACUCAAUUAAGCUUUGGGUUAAAUGGCAGACCCAGGAGGUCGACAUCAUCCAAACCAUCCGGCUGCGUCUUAGUCACAUGUGUAUACCACGACCUGCUCCACCGACUGCAUAAAUUAAAAAACAGCCAAAAAGACACCAAUGCCCCUGAGAUCAAGAUUGGCUCGAAAGGCUAUGGGCGCCGCCGCCGCUCACUCCUGUAUGUCACUCAACUCGCCCCCCAGGUGGAAAGACGGAGACGGGCCUCUGAAGCUGAGCCGCAAGUCUGCAGAUACAAUAAUGUAUGCACAGUGGCCUAG